CCGCCCCCACUUCCGCCCCUUGUUGCCAUAGUAACGUGUCAACAUCUCACCGGACCGUCUUUCCACCAUAGACCCGGACCUAACCGAGCCGGAUAUGGGCAGACCCAAGUUCUUCACUCCCUCCGAGGUGGCGGCUCACAACAGCGCAGCCGACCUCUGGGUGUCUUUUCUGGGCAAAGUGUUCGACCUGAGCCCGCUGAUGGACCGGCACGGAGGAGAUGUUCUGAUGCUGCCCAUCAUGGAGGCUGCUGGGAAGGACAUCGGCCACUGGUUUGACCCCGAAACCAAAGACAUCCAGACCUAUGUGGACCCCCAGACCUGCUGUCUGAGGUACUACACCCCCAGAGGGCGCUUCCUCCACGUUCCCCCCACCGGCCCUCGCUCCGACUGGGCCAACGACUUCGGGGAGCCCUGGUGGAAGGACCAGAGCUACCAGGUGGGACGGCUGUCCUCCAAGACCAGGUGGAUCCGGAUCAUCAACAUGCUGACGUCCCAGGAGCAGCGACUGGAGGUGUGCAGUGAGGAGACCGUGGAGGAGAUCCUACAGCGCUACCUGCGCUACAACGCUCACGCUCGCAGCUACACCUGGAAACACAACGGAGAGGUUCUGGACCUGAGCAAGACGCUGGAGGAGAACAACAUUCUGGACGACGACGUGGAGCUGGAGGAGCUGAGGCUGGACCGAGACAUGUUCACACCCGCCCUGCUGCUUUACUUCAACGAUGACCUCACAGAGGGAUGAUGUCCUCACUAUUUACAGAUUAUGAGGUCCAUCAGUCAGAUGUUUAGGCUCCGUUUUUGGUCUCAACCAGAGAUCAGCUGCUCUACAACAUGAGAUGGAGAGAUUCCAUCUGAAGCACAAACUACCAAAAUAAGACACAACAGGACAGAUAUGACCCACAAAAGAAACGAAAUGAAGCACACAUGACCAGAAUGAGACCAAAAAUGACCAAUAAAGCAGGAAAUGACACACAAAAAUAAAACAUGUAGAGUGAUUUAUAAAGAUGUA